CAGCGCGUGGUGGACGUCUUGCCGAGCUACCUCGCGAGCACCGAUGCCCCGCUGCGAAGCCCGCCGCUCAAGCAGCUCCCUGAACCCACCAGACGACAACGGGCUGUUCGCGACCCUGCGAAACCACAUUGCGAGCUCGGCGAACGACGUGGAAGAUCAGUUCCGUUCCCGUCUGAACGCCGGCGCUCGUCUAUCUUCCGAGGCCGCCGGGGCUACCACGCUUGCCAGCUCGAGAGCGGGAAGCCUGGCAGACGCGUCGGUCAGCCCUCGCCGACUCUCCGUUCGCAAGGAAUCGUCCGUGGGCAGCGUCCACUCGUCGGGUCGCGACACUCCUUCGCGGCUAGCCGCCGACGGCGAUACCGGUGAAGGAGGUGGCAGCUUCGGGUUUGGCGCGACCGUGGCACACAUCUCAUCCGCUUUCCGAAACUACCUCGCCGACAUGACUGCGGACCCACCGUCGGAGCCGAGUCGUGGCGUGGACACCGAAGAACGCCUGCCGACGCCUCCAGUGCGGGAAGAAUCGCUGGGUCGCUUCUCGGUAGCGCCUGUCGCUGCGGAGUCGCCGGGCCGCGUCCAAGAGCCGGCAAAGUCGGCGUGCAGCAACGGCGUCUCGAUGUCGGAGAUUCGGGACGACCACUCGGGCCUCGACGGAGCAGCUGCUAGUUGCGACUUUCCUCGCCGUUCUCGGGACGCCGUUCUCGACCCGCGCACGCUGGCGGGCCCCAGAGACGAUUCCGCCCGAGCUGAGAACACUGAGAGCCAUUCCGUUCCCAUGAGCCACUUCCCGACGACCGGGGGAAAGAAGUCGCGCCGCUCCUCGUCGCUCGUCCAGCUGAAGCGCUUCGCAAAGUUUCGCCUCUCACUGAGAAGUGGUGAUUCCGCGCAGUGCGACGAACGGCCAAUCAUCCAGGAUGGCGGCAUGUCAAGCUAUGAGCGGAACCUGUACCUUUACCACGAGGAAAUGCCCGACCGUCCAAGGGUGGCUACAUUGCUCAGCAGCCUGGCCAACUACGAAGUGGCCAUCCCGUCUGUCGCGGGAGAAGAGGCCCAGGCUGCUCCCAAGAAAGCCAAUCUUGGGACGUUGGCGGGUGUUUACUUCCCUUGUAUCCAAAACAUAUUCGGUGUCAUCUUCUUCAUCCGUCUCGUCUGGAUUGUCGGCACAGCCGGCGUCCCUGUCGCCUUCCUCACCGUCUUUAUGUGCUGUUGCGUGACGUUUACAACUUGCAUUUCUUUGAGUGCUAUUGCAACCAAUGGAAUUGUGCCAGCGGGUGGUUCCUACUUUAUGAUCUCACGAUCCCUGGGUCCAGAGUUUGGAGGUGCAGUGGGAAUUCUCUUCUACCUUGCCACCACUGUGGCGGCAGCCAUGUACAUUACUGGCGCUGUUGAAAUAUUUCUGAAUUAUCUGGUGCCCGAGAUGUCAUUGUAUGGAGACUUUCGGGAGGAUCCAGAGGUCAUGUACCACAACUUCCGCACCUACGGAUCCAUCCUGCUGGUGCUGAUGACCUUUGUCGUGUUCAUUGGUGUUGCCUUCGUCUCCAAGCUUGCACCGAUAGCCCUCUUCUGUGUCCUAGUCUCCAUCACUUCUGUAUAUGUGGGAGCCUUCGUCAACUACGCUGGAAAGCCAGGUGUUGAGAUCUGUGUCCUGGGCGAUCGCAUUUUGAGUGGUGGAGACUACAACUGCACCAAGGACCGUAACGUUUCCAACUCUCUUUGGCACAUUUUCUGCAAAGAGAAUGAAAACAAAACAUCACUGGACGAUGACCACACCUGCUACCCUUAUUUUGAGGAACAUGAGGCGCACACGCGAGAUGCGUUGCCUGGUCUGGCCAGCGGCGUCUUCUUUGAUAACAUUCCUGUCAUGUUUAAGGAGAAAGGAGAAGUGAUCUCAUCAUCGGAGGAAUCUUACUUCCCGUCCAAAAGCGAGUCAUACAUCCAGAUUGUGUGUGAUAUUACAACUUCCUUCACUUUUCUUGUGGCUAUCUUCUUCCCUUCAGUUACUGGCAUUAUGGCUGGAUCAAAUCGUUCUGGGGACUUGGCUGAUGCUCAGAAAUCAAUCCCUGUUGGAACCUUGGCUGCACAAUUGACUACUUCCGUUGUCUACAUUUCUGGGGUGUUUCUUUUUGGUGCAGCAUUUGACAACCUUUUCUUGAGAGACAAGUUUGGCGAGAGCAUAAGUGGUGGCCUAGGAGUAGCACAGUUGGCCUGGCCCCAUCCUAUGCUGGUGGUGUUGGGAUCACUGCUGUCUACGAUUGGAGCUGGACUGCAGUCGCUCACUGGUGCACCACGUCUGCUUCAAGCCAUCGCCAAAGAUGGUGUUAUUCCUGUGCUCAAUGUCUUUGCGGUCAGCUCCUCGAGGGGCGAGCCAGUGCGGGCCUUGCUUCUCACUGCAUUCAUCUCAGAGCUGGGCAUCCUCAUUGGCAAUCUUGAUCACAUUGCCCCCAUCCUCACUAUGUUCUUCCUGAUGUGUUACAUGUUUGUAAACUUGGCCUGCACUCUGCAGAGCCUUCUCAAGACACCGAAUUGGAGGCCACGUUUUAAGUACUACCACUGGUCGCUUUCCUUGACGGGAGUGAUCCUGUGCCUCGUGGUCAUGUUUUUAAGCAGUUGGUACUAUGCACUUGCUGCCAUGGCAAUUGCAGGAAUUGUGUACAAGUACAUCGAAUACCGGGGUGCCGAGAAAGAAUGGGGAGAUGGUCUGCGUGGUCUGGCCCUGAGUGCUGCCCGCUACAGUUUGCUUCGCUUAGAAGAAGGACCACCUCACACUAAGAACUGGAGGCCCCAAGUGCUUGUUCUGUGCAAACUCAACCAAGACUACAUGCCCAAAUAUCGCAAGCUUAUCACCUUUGCCUCACAACUCAAAGCUGGGAAAGGCCUGACGCUUGUCUGCUCUGUCUUGGAAGGAGAGUACAGCAAAAUGUACAGUGAGUGCCAGGCGAGCAAACAGAGCCUGAAGAAAGUGCUUGAAGAAGAGAAAGUGAAGGGCUUUGCGGAUGUUGUUGCUGGAGGAAACACCAUUGAUGCCAUCUGCCAUCUCAUCCAAACUGCUGGCCUUGGGGGACUGAAACAUAACACUGUUAUCCUUGGCUGGCCGUAUGGAUGGAGACAGUCUCCUGAUGAGCGCUCAUGGAAGGUCUUUAUUGAAACCGUGCGAAAUGUUUCGGCAAGCAAGAAUGCCCUCCUUGUGCCAAAGAACAUCAGUCAAUUUCCAGACAAUACUGAGAAGCUCCAUGGAAACAUUGAUGUGUGGUGGAUUGUCCAUGAUGGUGGCCUGCUCAUGCUCUUGCCAUUCCUGCUGAAGCAGCACAAGGUUUGGAAGAACUGCAAGCUGAGAAUCUUCACUGUUGCCCAGCUUGAAGACAACAGUAUUCAAAUGAAGAAAGACCUGGCCAUGUUUCUCUACCAUCUGAGAAUAGAUGCAGAUGUGGAAGUUGUGGAAAUGAAUGACAGUGACAUCUCGGCAUACACCUAUGAAAGAACUCUAAUGAUGGAGCAGCGCACAGAGAUGCUGAAGCAUAUGAGGCUUAGCAGGCGGGAAACCUUGAGCAUGAUUCAAACAAUUGUGGAUCAUCACCAUAAUCCUCUACAGAACCACACCAGUUCAAAGGUGCGCUUUAGUGACAAACCACCACAGCAAGCCGGUGACUCAGAAUUGGUGGAUGUAGUUGCUGAUGAUGACAAUCGUUCAUCACGCCACUCGUCCCGGCACUCAUCACCAACAAAGUCUGCCUCAGGUUCACCUACAAAGCAGGCUUCUUCGCCGCCUAAAGAGAGCUCACCCGUCACUCCUGCUGAAGACGAUGGGAAAGCAAAAACUGAAAGCCCCGACAAGAAAGCUCAGGAUGGCUCUGGAGAUGCAAGCACUGCAUCUGCUAAUGGAGUAGCGAGCAAGGGCCCCUCUUCUGCACCAGCUGUUGCUGCUGCUGCCGCAUCCGAUGGCCAAAAGAAGCCAGAAUUUGACAGCCUCCUGAAAUUAAAGCCGGAUGAAGCCAACGUGCGCCGUAUGCACACUGCAGUGAAACUGAACGAAGUGAUUGUAAACAAAUCACAUGACUCUAAGUUGGUAAUCAUCAAUCUUCCUGGACCACCCAGGAUCCAGAGAGGAGAGGAGAACUACAUGGAGUUCUUGGAAGUGCUCACAGAGGGUCUUGAACGUGUGCUCAUGGUUCGUGGUGGAGGCCGUGAAGUGAUCACCAUCUAUUCUUGAGCUGACGGCACCCCCUGCAGAGUUGCGCUUACUGUGACCCUGCUUGAAGAGCUGGCAAUGCUCUUCUCUUCCGUUGUCAUACUGUAUUAUUUAUUGUUUUGUGCAUUUUUAGAUCAUCUUCUUAAAUUAAGUAAAACACCCCCUUACAAUGUGGUUUUACAACAAGAGUCAAGCCUUGUGGCAAGCCUGUUGAUGUCAGAAGCACUAACAAGUUAAUUAUGACAAACAUACUAAAACAUGUACUGUAAGUUGUACUUAAUGAGUAACUUCACCAACCUCUGAUCAGGGUUAAUAUAUAAAGUGAAGUGCCACUCAGGUGUAAUGAAUGUAAUGCGACCAUUACACAAGCUUUCUUUCAGCAGAGACAUGAUGAAACAGAAUAAACUGUGCGAUGGACUACACAGUUUAUAACUAAGGGCUUUUUUUUUUUCACAUUGAUAUAUAUGUAAUUUGUUAUUUUUGAGGGGCAUUUAUAGGCAUCAGUAUUCGUUUAGAAGGGUUGCUCUUGCUGCUGCUUGACAGGUUAAGUCUAAUUACAGCCAUUGUUUUCCAAAUUAGAAGUACAAUGCUAACUGUAGUAAGUCUUUCCCACACUCACAAAAUUAUAUCUAAAUUCAACAUGUUUCUCCUCUCUCUCUCUCUCUUUUUUUUAGCUUAUAAAAUCGAAGUCAGCAGGUCUCUUUCUGAAUUUAUCCGCAAGUGCUGAAAGCGCUCUUCAACUUGCAUCUCUUGCCUUGUGAUAAUAUGUGUGCAUGUACACGCAUAUGUGCCCAAAGCCAGUCACUGCAGUUUUUAGCUAAGGACCCCUGAUGUGCCACCCAAAAGUUGUGAUCAAUAAUAUGAGAGCUAAGAGCUUAGCCAUUUAGACAGUGAUACUGAUGUGACUUUUUUUUUAUUAUUAAUAUUAUUAUUAUUGUCUUAGAGGUUGGUGGCAUUGGAAUAUACAGAGCGUACUGUUAGCAAAUAUGUGGGCCUCCAAAGUUUGAGGCACUGUCUGCCAGCAUUUAUGGAUCUCGUUGUGGGAUCUGCAAACUAUACUGAUGCAGUAAUGCCACAAAGCUCGGCAUCUUGUGCACUUUCUUAGUGAUUAAAGCUGCUUUUUUAGUAAACAGCUGCAGCGUGAUCUUUUGAAGGCAGGAUUGCUCUCCCUUUCUGUUUUUUUCAAAGUUUUAUAACAUACGCUCAAUGAUCUGGUAAAAUGGUUGCACUUUUUUUUUCCAGUGCAUUGUUGUAGCUUUACUUUGCACAUGCUUAACAAACAGUGCAUAUUAGUUUUAAGUAUAUCAUACUCGCGAAUGCCUGUGACCCAAUCAUGCAAAAAUGAAUGAUAAUGUGAAAAAGUGCUAGUCGCAUUCCCAAGUGCGUUUGUGAUGUUAUUUGUUUUUUGCUUGUUCUGUUCCUCAUUGCAGCACCAUGUGUGUGUUUUCUUGCCUGCAAAGCAUAAAGUCAUUUAGUCUUGCCAUUAUUAUAGUAAUUAUUUGCUUGACUGCUGAAUUGUCCUUUAGUGUGCAAUUUUGAAUGACUGCAUGCACAUAGAGAUCAUUUGGUGGGGUUGGAGUAUUGCGAGCUAGCUGUAACUGGUUUCACCAGUGUUUGCACAUGUGAACAACUCUUAAGAGUAUCACUGUGAGAUCACUGGGUGACUUGGUAUGUUUCACAAAACGAAACAGAUUUACCCAUAGGAUAUAUUGCAAAAUGUGAAUAACGCAGCAGCAUUUGCAACUGAUGCUGUAGGCCAGUCUAAAUGUACUCUACCUUUCAUUUGCUCCUGUACACUUCUCUUGCAGUGUCCUUCUCUUUGUGAGCCUUAUUAUCAAGGAUCUAUGGUGGCUUUUAAUACCUUUGCAUAGAUUUUGCAUGGUCCUUGCAGAAUGUAGUUGUGUAGAAGCUGGGAGAUCUUUGUGUAUAAUAUGUACCGCAAACAAACCCAUAGUACCUUGUAGCCAUAUGUACACAUGUGACAAUCCUCCCAGCAGCGCUUCUUUUAUCUGCAAGGCUUAACAAAACGACUGCACUUAGCAACAAAAGGAAAUGAAGACAAUGUUGUCUUAAAAUAUUGGUUAGCUUGAAGUGCAUUGGAGUGGCUCAGGGCUCUUUUUUUUUUCCUGGCUGUUCUUUACGAAGUUGCAAUAAAUAAUGCCUAGUGACUUCAAGCUACAUGAAUGAAUGCACCUUAUUAGGUCUUUAGUUUGUAAUGUAUUUAUCUGUGCUGUAGUAAUAGUUAAAGUAGUGUGUUCAUUUAAGCAUGGAAGAAUUAUAUGAAUUCAAACCAGCAUGUUGAGGGAGCUUGCUCAUGUCUAUCUUUAUGCAGGAACUUGUUUGUUUUGAUGAAGCUGCUUAUAUACACUUUCAACGCACUAACUGGGUGUCUCAAGCAGUACCUCCUACAGAAAUGCAUUUAUUUAGACUGGCUUGCUAAUGUUAGUUUUUUUGUUAAUCCAUUCUUUUUGCUUUACAAUGAGGCUUGCAGCAGUUAGGCAUCUGAGCUGUGCAUUUCAACAUUUAGAAUUGUUGCAUUGAAAGUAGGCUGCAUUAUAAGCUUUUUUUCCUUGUCAAGCGCACAGGCUACACUUGAACAAUGUAAGCUUGCCAAGGGUAAACUUCUUUGCAAAUAUGGUCUUUUGGCUUGAUAGUGGGGCACAUUACAAGAUAUAAAAAUGGCUUGAAAAGGGCCUUAUAAAAAAAACUAAAAGGCAGAAUGACCAUAACUGAAUGACGAGCUUUGCCAACUGAACAAAUGCAGUGGCACUUGCAGGAGAUGCACAGUGAUGCCACAUUGUUUGAAAAAUGUAAAUCAAGACAAACACUGAAGGUUCACUUUCCUACUCUUACAGUUGCUAUUUGUGACAUACUUUCUUCCUGCUUCAACAUUAAUCAGACUAACACUGUGUGCUGCAGCCUGAAUUACGUGCUUCAGCAUUCACAUGCUGUAGCCAGGUCUGUAGCUGUCCUUGAUGCAUGUGAUGUCUGCCAGUUGGCCUAUGUUUCCUAGUCGGGUAACAGUAGCAGUUAGUGAGGGGCUUUUAGGGGAAGCAACACCAAAGAUGGCCAUGUAUGGAAAAGUGGUUAAGAUGGCGGUGGGCCUGACAGCCAUUUGUAAGUAAAAAGAAAAAGAAAAC